UCUGACAUGCGCAGUACAUUGACUGCAAUAUGUCCAGAGAUUAGGACACCGAAAACUGUAGAUGCCAAAUGGGACUGCCGGCGUUUUUAUCUAAUUAAUCUUAAAUCAGUGACAAAAUGGCUGCGGUUAACGGACAGAUGUCACUGAUAGUAACCUCGGUGAUUUCUACACUGCAGUGAGUAAAUGGGGGGGAAAUCUCGGCAGGAGUUUACAUUCAUGCGACGCGCUUAACUUAGCAAAGUCAAGGAACUUCGGGUUGUGGCGAAGGAAAUAACAGGAGAACAGGAACUGCACAGACAGGACGCUAGCCAUGGAAGAUUUCGGGACCGCGUUAGAGAAGAAUGCCUCGGAUUUGACGGUAAUGGACGUGUACGACAUCGCCGCGGUCGUGGGACAAGAGUUCGAGCGUAUAAUUGACCAGUAUGGGUGCGAGGUGUUGUCACGUCUGAUGCCUAAAGUGGUGCGGGUACUGGAAAUCCUGGAGGUGCUGGUUAGCCGAAAUAGCAUCAGCCCUGAAACCGAGGAGCUGCGGCUGGAACUGGACAGACUGCGCCUGGAACGAAUGGACCGACUGGAAAAAGAAAAGAAACACAAAAAGGAGCUGGAGCUGGUGGAGGAUGUGUGGAGAGGAGAGGCCCAGGACCUGCUGACGCAGAUCGCCCAGCUGCAGGAGGAGAACAAGGCCCUGCUCAGCAACCUGUCCCUCAAAGACUCCCCCAUGAGUGAGGAGGACCUGCAGAGACAGGAAGGUAUGUCGGAGAGGGAGAGACAAGUGAUGAAGAAGCUUAAGGAGGUCGUGGACAAGCAGCGAGAUGAGAUCCGUGCGAAGGACCGGGAGCUGACGCUGAAGAACGAGGACGUUGAGGCACUCCAGCAGCAGCAGAGCCGGCUGAUGAAGAUCAACCAGGACCUGCGGCACAGGAUGACGGUGGUGGAGGCGCAGGGCAAGGCGCUGAUCGAGCAGAAGGUGGAGCUGGAGGCCUCCGCCCAGGCACAGCAGCAGGAGCUGGCCAGCCUGCGGCAGGAGGUGGGCGAGCUGCGCCAGCACCAGCAGGGGGCGCCCAACUACAACGGCGAGGAGCCGCCCACUCUAGCUAAGCUCUCAAAAGUAGCAGCUACAGGAAGCCAGAGUCUGCUUAUGUCAGACCACAGAGACCCACCCCAAACCCUGAUGGAGCAUUUUGAACCAGAGGGGCGCCUCUCCCCCUUUCCCCAAUUUAUGAACAGGGGCUCUGAGGAGCAGGAGGGAGGUGCUGGGGAUGAUGAUGAUGAGGAGGUGGAGGAGGAGGCGAUGUUGCUAUGGGAGGCGCUGUGUGAGGAAGACCAGGCAGGCGAGAGGGGCGCUCUUGACCCAAAAGACCACAACCGGCCGCGCUUCACACUCCAGGAGCUGCGGGACGUCCUGCAUGAGAGGAACGAGCUGAAAGCCAAAGUGUUCAUGCUGCAGGAGGAGCUUGCGUAUUACCGAAGUGAGGAUCCGGAGGAAGAGACCGGACCCUCCACGCCAAAUCCCUCCCUCGUGCCACGGGCCCGCCCCCUCCCCAACGCCCAACCAGAGUCAGGGAUCAAACGCCUGUUUAGUUUCUUCUCGCGAGACAAGAGGCGGAGCUCCCAGAGGAACGCCCAAUUCGACGACAGUUUGAGCUCGUGGGCGGGGAAGGAUGACGUGUACACAGAGCAGGCCCAGGAGGCCUUGCAACACCUGUAGCCACGGAAACCAACAGGACGUGUGGUUCGCUGUGACCUCUGACCCUGCCCCACAUUCACAUUAUUAGGGUCCCCUUCUAUACAACCCCCCGCCCCCAUCCAUAUCCUACCCCUCCCCUGCCGCAAACAAUAGGAGCCACCACAAGGGGGCAGGGCAUGGAGUGGUGAGUCAUCGGGCAGCUUUAAUAGCACUAUUAGAAUUUUAGAAAAACAAAAAAUGAUCAGCUCUGGUUGGACUAAAGGUGUGUGAAGAUGAGGGUGAAUGUGUCCAUGUGACGCUGGGGCAUAUGGACCCCUGAAACGUGGCAUCAGUGUGCAGCAUCGCAGGUGCAUUGUGGGUAAUAUGAGAGAGAGAGACAUGAGCCGGCGAGCUUCUGCCUGUGAAUGAAUGCGAGCCCUACAGGAGUCUGGUCGUAAGGCAGUAGCCAGGCCGCAGGUCCAAGGUGCUCCAGAGGGUGGCUCCGCUGCACGGUGCAGACGGACCGGAAGUGUGAAAAAUCUGUGGCGCUCUUUUCUGUGGUGUCCUUUAUAAAAGUAGGAUGGAAUUUGGGAGCGCCACUGGGAAAGAAAUGUAUUAAGAAAAGUUCUGUCACAAGUUUUAUUAAAGGCUUGGGCAAGAUUGAGGGAGAGGAGGGUGUGGAGAUGAACCAGGAGAGUGCGUAGCGUGAGGAGAGAGACAAAACAGGGCCUGAAGGAGAGCUACUUAACAAAGAAAUAAAAGCAUAGUCUGGACCUCAUCCAAACAAGCUGUGAACAAGGCAAUACGCAACAGUCGCCUCACCCUGUACUCUCAUUAAUUCUACACCAGGGAGCCCCACAGCCAUAGCGUGGGGUUGUAUCUUUGCUAUAACUUCACCCUGAUGGGCUUUUCCUUGAAAGGAACUGGACUGAUGUGACUUUUAUCCAGUGGUGUUUUACAUGGUGUAUUUAAAUGAUGUGUACAACAAAGCACACCGUGUCCCAUGCAUUAUCCACACCUCAGAAUGAGUGUGAACAUGAAAUGCUAACUCUGUGAGUGAGUGGGGGUGGUAUGUGUGACAAACACAUACCGAUUUCAUGCAUUUUCAGGCAACUUCCGAGGGGGUGAGGUUUGGAGUAAAUAUAUGUUUGUACCUUACAAAAUGGAAUGUGAUGGCAAAACUAUUUUUGAACAACUAUAUAUCCUUUUUUUAAACUUGUGUGCUGAUUUAAUGAAUGGCCGGGCUCGCGUGUACAUCCUCUGAAGGCUGUUCUCUUGUCUCCGAGGUUUGAAUUGUGGAGGCAUUGUGCUGGGGACUACACUUCUGCCAGGGCAGGCCUCAGUUCAUUUUUCUGUUGAGUCGGUCCAGGAAAUUGAUUUUGAUUCAGUUCAUGAAUGUAAAAUUAUAUCCAUGACAGUGAUUUUCUCAUGAGUUAUCCUCAAUUUUCAUCAGUUAUCAUCCUCAGUUAUCAUCGCUGCUGAUCUUAAGGUGGAAGAGCCACAGAACCUGCUGGUGUUUGUUUCCACCUUAAGAUCAGCAACUGAUUCAGACCCAAGACGCCAUGUGACCUGAGUCAGCUGUGUAAUCAUCUGCUUUAACUGAUCAAUUGCUGUGCUACUCAAGUGCUGAGUUACAACAAAAACAAGCAGACCCCAUGGCUGUCCAGGACCAGGACUGAGGACCACUGUUCUAUGAGGAUUUUUCCAGUUCAUGCCAUGAAUUGACUGAACUUUAAUGGAACUGACCCCAGCUCUGUGUCCUGGAGCUGAACCCAGCUCUGUGUCCUGGAGCUGAAUCCAGCUCUGCCUCCUGCUGCUGGGGCAGGCCGGUGGUAGGCACCAGGGUGACCAGUUGUCUCUAAUUCAGGGGUGCACAACUUGCAGUCUGCUUCUAUUUGUAGGUGCUUCUACAAAUGUCAGAUCAAGAUGUGAUUGAUCUGAUUAAAUAAUUAAGAGCAGAAGUUGGCAAAAAAAAUUCGGAAACAGAUCAGCCCUGGUUGUGCACCCCUGCUGGACUAAUGAGGUGGGGGUUACCUGCUGACGGAACCCCUCCCUCCUUGGCCAGUUAUGCAUCGCCCCCAAAAAACCGCAGCCCCAAAAUGGCACUGGCUGGGACUUGGGUCCGCAUCGUGUGCCACACCAAGGACUAGUACUGUAGCAGGAAUCUCCCGAAGAAUAUAUGAGUGGAAAAAAUGUCCCUUAUACAACCAAAGAAGCUCAAAAACUGUUCCCUCUGUUUCUGGCUGUCCGUAAAGACGUAUGGACAUGUGUUGAGGCCUGAGGUCCUGUCUUAUAUGCCUGGAAUUGACAGACAGAUCCUGUGCUGUCUUCAUGCAUAUAACCCUAGCCUGUCCUCUUCUGAGGCUUCUCAGCUCCUGAGCAAAAUUACAUUUACAUUUCAGCAUUUAGCUAUUUUACUGAAGUCGUUCCUGUUAAGUAUCUCCCUGAAGAGUACAAUGGCAGUGCCCCCACCUGGGAAUUGAACUCGCAACCUUGUAGCUGCAAUCCCUGUUUCUAAAACAUGCUGUCAUGCCACCCAAGCUAAUACAUGUGCAUUGUGUAAAGGGGUGAGAUUUUUAAAGUGGCUGGUUCCCAAACAUAUUUUAGCAUAGAGAAUGACAAGGCAGCCCAUUACUGUGAACAGUCAUGUGAAGGUGAGAGACAGGUUAUUGCUUUAAACUUCUGUUACACGCAAAUAAGGCAGCAUUUUUUUUGUGGGAAAGGGAUUUUAAUGAUGGAUGACACUGAUACUGGAAUUCCUAUUUAAAGGGAACGCUACUCUCUGAUUGCUUGGAAUUAAGCUUGCACUUGGCCUGCUUUGAUCUCAUUUAGGAAAACACUGACGUGUUGUUCCUCUUGCUUUCUAUUUUGCUGUGUUUUAAGAAAAAAAUAGCUGAGUUUUAUUUAUACAAUACAGCAGUCUGUGAUUUCAGUGCCACUCAAAAUGCUUUGCUUUGACUCUGCGUUACUGUUUUUGUAUUCAGGACAUUGGUUGGUAUUUAAGACUGCUGUUCAUGAGCCCGCCCCCAGUGCAGUGCAGUAUUUGUGUCAGUCAUGCCUGCUCAAUAAAGCACUUACUGCGUUUA